GAGAAUUAGCCGGGCCGGGCCGGGCGUAGCGGCUCCUCCCCCCUACCCUCGCGAGGGAGACACCCGGGCUCCCCGGCCGGGGCCUUGCGGAGGAGGCGGCUUCGCGGGCGGCCCCGGUGAGAGACCCGCGAGGGGGGUUUCCGGCUCCCCGUGAGGCGCCGGCAGGCAGCGAGGGGGGCGGCCCCGCGGCGAGCGGUUACUUCCUACCGGGAGGAGGCCGAGGUCGCCAUGGGCGCCGUGUGAGGCGAGAGCUCCCCCAGGCUCCGAGCGACCGGGCCGUGCCGUGCCGGGCCUGCCCUCCCCUCUCGCGGCAGGGGAGUGCGGGGCCUGCGCCCCCGGCCUGGGCCUGCCCCGCUCCCCACCCCCAGCCCGGGGGGCCAGUCGCUUUUCCUCUCAGAGAGCAGCUGGUCUGGCCCGCUCCAGGCAGCCAGCGGCUUCUCCCGGCCCGGCACCUGCCUCAGGCUCCUCUCGACUUCUCCCCCCUAGUCCCGUGUCCCGGCCCCGCUGCUGUCGCUCCAUGUCGGCCCCGCUGCACGGCUCCCCGCUGCAGGAUGGAUGUGGACGCUAAGCAGGGACCCACCCCGCCGCCGGCCCAGCAGCCGCCGCCAAGCCCCGCUGUGAGGAGCCCUUGGGACCCUCCUCUGUUGCAGCAGCAGCCGGACGCGCUCCCCGCUCACUGAUACCUCCCACCCCGCAUCCUCUCAGCAGCGCUACCCCGAGCCCCGCAGCACCAUGUCGGAGGGCUCCGCAGAGAGCAGCAGCCCGGCCCCCCGCUUCCUGGCUCCCCCGCCGCCUCCGCCCAAGAACGGCUCUAGCUCGGACAGCUCCGUGGGGGAGAAGCUAGGAGCCGUCGCUGACCAUGAUGGCUCGGGGGCCGGAGGAGCAGGCGGCGAGGUGGGAGGCGGGGGCCGGGGCGAGGAAUACCGGCGCCGCCGUCACACCAUGGACAAGGACAGUCGUGGGGCUGCAGCCACCGAGCACCGCUUCUUCCGCCGUAGCGUGAUCUGCGACUCCAAUGCUACUGCUCUGGAGCUGCCUAGCUUGCAGCCCGCAGCACCCCCGGCCGUCGCCACUCCCGGGAGUAUCACCCCGCUGCUGGGCUCCCCUCCUGAGCCUGCUAGUCAGACCCCCUGCGUCUCUGUCACCCACGUCCCCCUGCUGUUGCAGCAGCCGUCUCUGUCGCUUCCCCACGAGGAACAACCCAUUCAGGAGCCCCCUGCAGCAGAGGACAUCGCCCCCCUACUGCCCAAAGCAGAGGCAGAGGAAGCUGCCCCCGUACCCCAUACCAACACGGCAGGCAGUGCAGCCACCGCCAGCCGGGAGCUCCAGGAGGGGCGGAACCGACAGCAAGAGGAUAUCGAGGAGUUAGAGACCAAGGCGGUGGGCUUCUCCCUUGACGGCCGCUUCCUCAAAUUCGAUAUUGAGAUUGGAAGAGGCUCCUUCAAAACUGUCUACAAGGGGCUGGACACGGAGACUACGGUGGAAGUUGCCUGGUGUGAACUGCAGGAUCGCAAGCUGUCAAAGUCAGAGCGGCAGAGAUUUAAAGAGGAAGCUGAAAUGCUAAAAGGGCUCCAGCAUCCUAAUAUUGUUCGGUUCUAUGAUUCCUGGGAGUCUACAGUGAAGGGAAAGAAAUGUAUUGUUCUCGUGACGGAACUCAUGACAUCUGGAACGCUGAAAACGUAUUUGAAAAGGUUUAAAGUGAUGAAAAUCAAAGUACUACGAAGUUGGUGCCGUCAGAUAUUGAAGGGCUUGCAGUUUCUGCACACGCGCACUCCUCCCAUUAUCCACCGGGACCUAAAAUGUGACAACAUUUUCAUCACUGGCCCCACUGGAUCAGUCAAGAUAGGAGACCUGGGUCUGGCAACCCUGAAACGAGCUUCCUUUGCCAAGAGUGUGAUAGGUACCCCAGAGUUCAUGGCACCCGAGAUGUAUGAGGAGAAAUACGAUGAAUCCGUUGAUGUAUAUGCUUUUGGGAUGUGUAUGCUUGAGAUGGCCACGUCUGAAUAUCCUUAUUCUGAGUGCCAAAAUGCUGCGCAGAUCUACCGUCGAGUGACCAGCGGAGUCAAGCCAGCUAGCUUUGAUAAAGUAGCAAUUCCUGAAGUGAAGGAGAUCAUUGAGGGAUGCAUCCGACAAAACAAAGAUGAAAGAUAUGCUAUCAAGGACCUUUUGAACCACGCUUUCUUCCAGGAAGAGACUGGUGUGCGGGUAGAACUAGCAGAGGAAGAUGAUGGAGAGAAGAUUGCCAUCAAGCUCUGGUUACGAAUUGAGGAUAUAAAAAAGCUUAAGGGCAAAUACAAGGACAAUGAGGCAAUAGAGUUUUCCUUUGACUUGGAGAGAGAUGUCCCAGAGGAUGUAGCACAAGAAAUGGUGGAGUCAGGGUAUGUCUGUGAAGGGGAUCACAAGACAAUGGCCAAAGCGAUCAAGGACAGAGUGUCUCUGAUCAAGCGAAAGCGAGAGCAGCGUCAGUUGGUGCGAGAAGAGCAGGAGAAAAGAAAGCAGGAAGAAAUCAGUCAGAAGCAGCAGUUGGAGCAGCAGCUACAAACAAAUGCUACCCAGGCAGGGGCAAAGCACCCUCCAUCUGCCACUGGCAUCACUGCCAUCCCCACUACUUCAGCAUCAGUGUCCACACAAGUAGAGCCUGAAGAGCCAGAGGCUGAUCAGCACCAACAAUUGCAAUAUCAACAGCCUGGCAUAUCUGUUCUGUCUGAUGGGGCAGUUGACAGUGGUCAGGGAUCAUCUGUUCAAACUGAAUCAUGUGUGAGUAGCCAACAGACUGUGUCCUAUGGUUCCCAGCAUGAACAGACUAUCUCAACAGCUACAGUCCAGGGAUAUACAACUUCAGUUGGCCAAGUGCAGUCUCAACAACAUGGAGGAUAUCAGCCACCCACAGUGCCUCAACGUGGUCGUAGCAUGUCAGUUUGUGUGUCCCAUCUUUCUGCUGUUCCCUCUCUGCCCUGCAUCCCUCCCAGUAUUCCUUCUACCCCACCGCCAGCAUUGUGUGCACCUCUUUCUCCUUCCUACCUUCGGACUGCCCCUGAGGAAACCUUUGCAGAAAAGCUUUCUAAAGCACUGGAGAAUGUCCUGCCCAUGCACUCUGCCUCUCCACGCAAGCACCGACGCUCCAGCCUGCCUUCCCUCUUUGUCAGUCCUCCUCAGUCUCUGGUGCAACCGUGUGGGGGAACACCAACGUUCCCAGAUUCACAGAUAUUUUUCCCAACCAUUCAUGAACGGCCAGUGUCUUUCUCGCCACCACCUGUCUGCCCGCCGAAAGUCACCAUUUCUCAGCGGCGCAAGAGUACCUCCUUCUUGGAAGCCCAAACAUGCCACUUCCAGCCCUUGCUGAAAACUGGCCAGAGUUUACUUCCAUCUGGUGGUAGCCCCACAAAUUGGACACCAGAGGCAGUCGUUAUGCUGGGCACUACAGCUCAUAAGGUCACUGGAGAGCCCCUACAUGUGCAAGUCAGUUCAGCACCUCCUGAGGAUGCUCACUAUAGAAUGCCUCAAGAAGCAGUGUACUUAGUGGGCAUGCACUACCAGCCACAGUUGCCAGAGCAUUAUGAUACAGUAGCAUAUAAUUCCUAUGGGACUGAACAGUACUUGAAACAAGUGCCUGAACAGAAGCAUGUGCAAGGUGGCCCUCUUCAGAGCUCUGUUUAUGACUACCAAUCUGGGCAGACCUUCCUGCCAAGACAUCUACAGAGCUUGAGGCUGGAUGCUGGAAUGAGCCCACUUUCACCAUUGUCCAGUGUUUCAUCUCCAUUAAGUGCAGAUUCCACACAGAUGAAAUUUCACCAGGUAUUUGUUCCUCAUUCUGCACCUGCUGUGCUUACUCACAGUGGUGAUGGCAGAACAAGCUGUGUUUUUGAGUUCCAUGUACACACGCCAAAUUCGGCUCCAGGAGAAGGGGGUAUUUUACCCCAACGUAUUUACAGAACCUGCCGGGGGUCGAUGGAUUUUAAUCAGGAGGAAUCCACUCAGGCAACAGGGUUGCAUGGUCGCCUCCAGCCUGUGACAGAGGAACUGUGUAACUACCUUGUUCCCGAGCUAACAGUGCCCAGAGCGGGAUCUAUCAGACAGAGCUGGCCAGAAGGAAGUCCAGAAUACUCCAGUGAUUCAUCACAGCUGACUUCCUCUGACACUGGUGAUUUCCAGUCUCCUCCCCCAACAGGGGUGUCGUCUACAGCUUUUGGUUCAGACUUCUCGUUGCCCAUUGUCCCAUUGCCUCAGAAGGUAUUUCAAGAGUCGCAGCUCUUCAUCUGUUUCCAACAGGGAGCCUCAGCUCAGCAGGCUAUGUCCACCUCGUUUUCAUCAGGAACACCUGCACUCUUCCCUCAGACACAGGUGCAAGGCCAGCCAGCCUCGAGUAGUAUAUCAGUGGGGGUGCCAUGCCAGCCUACACAGCAAAGUCAGCAGAGUGCACAGCAGCUGGCUCCUUCCCAGCAGACAGGACAGUACCAGCUGCAGCAGUCAUCCGUUUCCAGUGGCGCUACCCCAUCACAGCCAGUUUCUCAAACUCAAACUCCACUGAUCAUGCCGAUGCCUCAGGUACCAGCUGGAACUCAGCUUCCUGUUUCCCAAGCAGUGCCGAUCAUCCAAGGCGAACCUCAAUUACCUGUUGCAGCACCUUCUCUCCCUCAACCUUCAGUUGCCCCAACCAUCCCCAUUGGCUCUCAUUUUCUCCCUAUGGGACAGCCCUUGUCAACCUCCCUGCUCCCCCAGUUCUCAGUCUCUCAGCUCCCCAUAGCAACACCUCAUGCGUCAGUGGCUCAGCCAGGCUUCCAGUCUCUGCCUAUCUCUAUGGCAGCUGGCAUUAACCAGCCACUACUCACUCUGGCCACAUCUUCUACAGCAGCUGCUAUCCCUGUAGGAUCAACCAUUGUCCCUAGCCAGCUUCCAGCUGUUCUACAGUCUGCGGCCCAGCUGCCCAGCCAGGUUCUCCCUCAGCUCCUGCAGCCAGUUGUUCAGUCCCUGGGAUUACCAGCCAGCCUUGGACAAGCUGCUGAAGCUGCACUUCCAGCUGGAGAUGCUUUGUAUCAGGGCUUCCCACCUCGGCUGCUGCAAUACCCAGGAGACUCAAAUGUUGCUCCCUCCUCUGCUGUGGCCUCUGUUUGCAUACCUUCUGCAGUACUGUCCCCUCCCUUACCCGCUGAUGCAUUGGCUCAGCCAGGCUAUCUUGCUGCAAUGGUGCAGCCUUAUGUGGAACAGAACAUUUUAGUUCCUCUGGGCGGUCUAGGAGGACAGGUUCAAGUGCCACAGCCUGCAGUGAGUUUAGCACAGCAGGUGUCAUCUGCGUCUUCACAGCAGGGAGCUUUAGAGAGUACUCAGGGAGCCUCACAGGCUGCUCCUUCAGAAUCUGUACCAUCAGCACAGCAACAGCUUGCACAGACUACCCCAUUGGUCUCCUCACUAGACAGUGCACAUUCUGAUGUUGCUUCGGGCAUGAGUGAUGGGAAUGAGAAUGUGCCAGGAUCUAGUGGGAGACAUGAAGGGAGGACCACCAAACGCCAUUAUCGGAAGUCUGUACGCAGCCGCUCUCGGCACGAGAAGACUGCUAGACCAAAACUGAGAAUUCUCAAUGUUUCGAACAAGGGUGAUCGGGUGGUUGAGUGCCAGCUAGAGACACACAAUCGGAAAAUGGUUACUUUCAAAUUUGACUUGGAUGGUGACAACCCGGAGGAAAUAGCAAUAAUUAUGGUGCAGAAUGAAUUUAUUCUAGCAACUGAGAGAGAUUCAUUUGUAGAGCAGGUACGAGAGAUCAUUGAGAAAGCUGAUGAAAUGCUCAGUGAGGAUGUCAGUGUAGAGCCAGAAGGUGAUCAGGGCUUGGAGAGUAUGCAGACGAAAGAUGACUGCUUCUUUCCAGGGUCCCAGAAAUUGGAGGGAGAGUUCAAACAGCCAGAUCCUGUAUCUUUCAUGCCGCAGAGAAUUGGUGUUCCUCCCAGCUCUUUCACCCAGGUUGUCCAUUCUGCUGGAAGACGGUUUAUUGUCAGUCCUGUCCCAGAGAGUCGGUUAAAAGAACAGCAGUUUUUCACCUCUUCUAUUCCUUCAGGAAAGGAACUUUCAGAUAUUGUUGCUUCCUCUCCAUCACAUGGUCCUGGGAUGAACCUGUCUCAUUCUGCAUCAUCACUGAGCCUGCAGCAAGCUUUCUCUGAGAUCAGGCAUGCACAAAUGACAGAAGGACCCAGUACAGCUCCUCCAGUUUUUAACCAAACUAUACCACCAUUUCCACCUGUACUUGCUAACAUGGCUGGGAGUCUACCAUCUACAACAGUGGCUCCUCUCCCAGCAUCUCCCCCCUCCACCACUGGUAUUUCUCUUCCAGUAGCUCAGUCUGUUGUUCCCCUGCCUACAGAAAAGGUGCCAGCUGGAGUUGCACCAAGCACAGGUGUUUCAGGCUCCAGCUCUCCCACAACAUCACAGUCUGGGCACCAAUUAAUUGGUGGAGUGACUUCCAGUAUGAGUGCACCUGCUUCUUUUUCAUUAACUGUUACCUCGCAGACUGCUCAACCACUGACUGAAGAAGUUGUCCCUAAUAUCAGCGCACCUGCUUCUUUAACAUUGCCACCAACACAACAAAUUCCUGUCAUGGCUGGCCCCAGUGUUAGUGCACCAAGUGCUGUACCCCCACCUGUGACAUCUCCGCCUGCUCAACAGAUUUCAGGUAGUAUGGAGUCUGUGGCAGCUCCGCAAACAUCUGUAGCCCCAACUAUGGCUCAUAAUGUGACUUCACAAACUCCUCAGCUCAGCAGCAGUAGUUCCAUCCCCAGUCUGGCAGAAACAGUUGUUGUAAGUGUGCUACACUCAAAGCCUGAGGAUGGACAGUCAGUAGAUAAACCGCAGCUGUGCAGUGCAGCUGGCUUGUCCCUUCCCAUCUCUGCACCAUUGUCCUCUGCAGUGGCAUCAAGUAUAUCUAGUUCAGUCCCUCAGCCUGCUGUGGUGCAUCCUUUACUCAUCCCAUCAGCAGUUGCAUCAACACCUGUCCUACCCCAGGCAGCAGCUGCAAUAUCUACCCCCAUAUUACCCCAAGUUCCUCUAUCUGGCAUCCUACCACUGACGCAGCCAGUUGCUAACUUGCCUGCAGUACAGCAGACCUUGAUACACAGUCAACCUCAACUUGCUCCGCUGCCCAAUCAACCUCAUACUCAGUGUCUGGAGGCUGAUGUUGACACUCAACCCAAAGCUCCUGGCAUCGAUGACAUAAAGACCUUGGAAGAAAAGCUACGAUCUCUAUUCAGUGAACAUGGCAAUGUUGGAGCAACACAUCCACCAAUAUCUCUGGAGACAUCACUGGUAAUGGAGACUACAGUCAUGCCUGGCAUACCAACCACUGCUGUUGCACCAACUAAACCUAUGACCGCCACUACCAGCUCUAGUAUACCACCAGUUAGUUUGCCCCUUGGACCAGCUGGCGUACCAGUGAUGACACCAGUUGCCACACCUGGUCAAGUGGGCAUUCCUGUCACCUAUGUUCCAGCAUCAGGCAGCAUUGCAACAACAGCAGUGAAACCAGUGACCCCUCCCUCAAAGCCACCUAUUAGCAGGGUACCGGUGCUACCGGUAGGUUUUGAACUUCCAGCUGGCACUCCAUCCAGCGAACAGCUGCCACCCUUUCCAGGACCUUCACUAACUCAGUCCCAGCAGCCUCUAGAAGAUCUGGAUGCUCAGUUGAGAAGAACCCUCAGUCCAGAGACUGUCCCAGUGACCUCUGCUCCUGCCUGUCCUGUGCCAGCAAUGGCUUCUACAGCGGUUACUGGAGUGGUGUCUGCACCAGCACAGCCCCUGAAAGAAGCAUCACAGGAUGCAGAGAGCAGUGCAACAACUACCACUGCAGGAGCUGGAGUUUUUAAGAUGGGACGAUUUCAGGUGUCUGUGGCAGUGGAUAAUGUACUGAGAGAGAGUGACAGUAAACCUGAAGAAACUAAGCCUGUGCAUUUUGAGACAACCUCCUCUGAUUCAUCCUUGUCUGGCAGCAGUCCAGAGAAUACGCUUGUGAAGCAGACUUCCAAUGGGACAACAGAGGCUACCACCGGUACCUCCUUAGAUGUGACAGAUUAUGUUGUUUCACAGACAUUUCCUGCCAUACAAUUGCCAUCAGAGGCUGGGCAGCCAACUAAAGUUGGGCGCUUUCAAGUGACAACAACAACAGACCAACUGGGUCGUUUUUCUGUGUCCAGGACUCAAGAUGAGGUCACCUGUGUGGAGAGAGAACCCCCAAUGACUCUUCCUCUUUCUGUGGAUUCAGAACCAGUUUCUCCUCCACCCAUGACUCCAAAGAAAGAGGUGCCAGAAUUGGUGGAGCCACGGCAGUCUCCGCUUAUGAAUGGGCCAUCAUCUGAUCUGGAGGCUGCCUUCCUGAGUGGAGCGGCUCAGGAACUGGAUGAUGGCUCAGGUAGUCCAGACUCUCUCCAACCACUGGGUUCAAAGAUCAGUCUCCCCAUCCAAAGCUUUAGCAACUCAUUGAAUUCUUCCUACAUGAGCAGCGACGAGUCAGAUAUUGAAGAUGAAGACUUGAAAUCAGAGCUACGCCAGUUGCGGGAAAAGCACUAUAAAGAGAUCCAGGAGCUGCACAAUCGCCAGAAGCAGGAGAUUGAAUUGCUGUACACCAAACUGGGAAAGGUCCCCCCUGCCGUAAUCAUCCCCCCAGCUGCUCCUCUCUCAGGGAGGAGGAGGAGACCUACUAAAGGAAAAGGCAGCAAAUCCAGCCGCAGCAGCUCCCAGGGUAAUAAGAGCCCUCAGCUGCUAGGCAACCUGUCUUCUCAGAGUGCCCCCUCAGUCUUGCCCCCCCAGCAGACUCUUCAUCCUCCUGGAAAUGUCCCAGAGAUUGGGCAGAACCAUCUGUUACAGCCCCUUAAACCAUCUCCUUCUAGUGAGAACCUCUACUCUGCCUUCACCAGUGAUGGUGCUGUUUCGGUACCAAGCCUUUCUGCACCAGGCCAAGGGACCAGCAGCACCAACACAGUUGGGGGUACAGUGAACAGCCAGGCACCCCAAUCUCAGCCUCCUGCCAUAACUUCCAGCCGGAAAGGGACUUUCACAGAUGACCUGCACAAGUUGGUAGACAACUGGGCCCGUGAUGCUAUGAACCUCUCAGGAAAGAGAGGUGGCAAGGGGCAUAGCAACUAUGAGGGCCCUGGAAUGGCAAGAAAGUUCUCAGCACCAAGCCAGCUAUGUAUUUCUAUGUCAUCCUCCCUGGGUGCUACGCCUAUCUCUGCAGCAUCAGCUACCUCUCUAGGUCACUUCACAAAGGCUAUGUGCCCUCCACAGCAGUACGGUUACCCAGCUGCGCCCUUUGCAGCUCCCUGGAGUGGGACAGGUAGUCCAGCACAACCACCCCUUGGUCAAUUCCAGCCUGUAGGAGCUGCCUCUUUGCAAAGCUUCAACAUCAGCAACUUGCAGAAAUCCAUCAGCAACCCCCCAGGCUCCAACCUGCGGACCACUUAGCCGGACCCAGAGACUCUGCUGGGUAGAACUUGGGACAGGAGAUGGGGAGGGAGUUAGGGCUACUAGUGCUGCACUGAACUGGCGAUUUCUGCCAGAAUGGGAAUGAGCUUCCCUUUUCCAACCAUUGCUGUCAGCUCUCAGUAAAGAGAGUUUCCCCAUUUCUGAAGGGGGAGGAGGGUGAUGAGUGUGAACACUCCUGCUCUUGUAUAAGAUGAGCAAUGAAGAUAGAAGUCACUGGAUCAAUGUGAUCUCACUGUAAAAGUACUUCUGUUUGAGUCUGAAUCCACAUGUGCGGAGAUGGAGAGUUUAGUCUUAGCAUGAGGUUUUAACACACUUCUCAUCUUCCCUGAAGAAUCAAGGCCAGGAGAGAAGCUGUCCAAAUCUCCCUCCUCUCCCCAAACAAUCAUCCUUACCUCCUGAGUGGUAAGGCACACAAAUGGACUUGCAGUGCAGCCCAUGCUUGAGAGAUAGGUCAUUAUUGCUUUAAGUAAAAGAUAUUAACAGCUUUGACUGCAGCAUUAGAGCAAUUUAAAUUGUUUAAAAAUAAUUUUUAAAAAGUUCCCUGCGGACAUGUACUUACCAUCAGUUUUGAUGUGGAAACACUGUGAUAUAUAAAUGUUGUUGGACAACAGUAGUUUAAAAAUGAGUGGAAAAUAGAGGGUUAAAAAAAGUUAAAAAGAAAAAAUGGAAAAAAAGCUAGCUAUAUCCUAUACUUAUUGGAGACACUUUAACUUUUUCCUUUGUAUUUUCAUUGUAUUAGAUAAAUGUGAAUGUAAAAUUGUAUAAAUUUAAUGUACUUGAAUACUUGUCUGUUCUCCCAGUAUGCUUGCUGGAUAUUUUAGUGCCUUGGACUUUUAUUGCUUCUGCAGUUAGCAUCGCAUUCUCAGCGGGUCCCAGCUGGUCAGAGAGCAAGUUAAGGGAAGAAUGGACUAUUUUGUACCUAGUGACUGAGAUACCAAAGGGUUAACUAAGUAUAGUCAUACUGUAACUUGGCUAGGGUAGGUGCUGGAAGGAGGGAGAGCCAUUGAGGCUGUAGGUUGGAACAGAGCUUUGGGUGGUGGGGAAACCUGUCCAUGUUGACAGAGUAAGAAGUUGAUGGCACAGUGCUAGUGUAACAAGGGGUGAUAGGCAGAAGUGAUGGAGGGGAAAGAGGAAGCUGAAGUGAAACUAACAAAUACUGCCUAGAGCCUUAAGAGGGCUGGAUCAGAACAGAGGAUGGGAAGAAAGUGCAUAUUUUGGAGAAGUUCAGCUUUAAAGGUGUUUUGACUAUUAAGCUGUGAUAUGGAAAGUGGCUAGGUGAGGGUGGAGCCAUUACCCUUAGGGGGAUGGAGUUAUCUGCUGGGAUUGCUUUUCUUACUUUUUUUUUUUAUCCAUUCGUGCUAGGAGUAGACUUUCCUGGUGCGAUGUCCAUUGCCGGCAAUGGAUGCACUCGAAACAGCCGGCAUCAAGGAAUUCCCUGUUUUAAGCAUGCAGAGGACUUAUGAUUUUGUUCACUCUAAAGAAUUCAAACUGGUACCAGGACCAUAACUAACUGUGCCAUCUUUUAGUAGCUGUAUUGUACCUUCUACUGCUCAACUCAUUUUCCCUUUUUCAUACUGAAAAAUACUGGUUCCCUGUUCAAUGUAAUAAUACUGCAACCAACCAGUAUUACUCUGUAGUGCUGCAACAAGCUGUGAAGGGUCAAAGUACUGCUUCCUGCUACUUGGGAGUAGCUCAGUGGUGUCCUGGAAGUCUCUGCACCAAGGAAACCUUACACGAAUUUUCUGUGAGCACUGCUCCCUUGUGGGGGGUCUUACUAGGGAAUUUAUACUUUCUGUGGAUGUUUUGCUCGUCUCUUAAAAACAAAUGCACAGGAUCUGUUUCUUUCCCUUCACCUGGUUUUGAUGUUUACAGCAGCUUUGUCAGCCAGGAUACCACUGGCAUAUAUAGGUUGGCAAUGAAGAGUCUGUGGGUGGAGGCUAGUGGCAAGGUGGUUGGGUUCUAACAGUUGCUCAGUAGAUUUUUUUUUUUUUUUAAUUCUUGGUAAAUAACACAGGCACUGUAGAACCAUAGAAUGAGAUAAAAGGUCUCACCGUUGUGUAUGUGUGGUUGGAAGAGGAAGAGAAAAUGUCUGCUGGUAAAGUUAAUCAGAAAGCCUCUGCUUUCUGGUUAAAAUGACUGGAGAGGAGGCUCCUGAAUACACCAAGUAUGGGUAGGGAAAACAAUGCUCUGUGUAAUGGAGUAAUUAUACGGCUGAAGCAGUAACAGGAGUGGGGCAACACUUCGUGGCAGAAGAACUGAUCAGCUGAAUGCAGCACAUGGUUAUUUAAUUAUUUUGAUUUAAUAAGUUUGAGGUCGGUUUUUCACUUAACGUUAUGCAAGAACUGGUUUUAUUUACCAUUGAUUUCCCUCCUGUGGAUGAAAUAACUGAAGUCUAGAGGAAUAAACUAAUGCUACUGAACUGUUAAAUUAUUUUGUGUUAAUAUUACACUUUGAGUACAUUUUUCCACAUAAAAUCUGUUUCUGAAUUACAAAUGUUUUCUUUACAUUAUUUAACGAUGUACACUGUAAAAAAACAAAAAUACACACAAAUAAAAUGAAUUCAAACUUUGGGCUUCCGUGGCCGUAGUUAAUUGUAUGUUUUGCACUAAAUCCAGGCAUUGCGCUUCUUGUACGAUUGCGCUUUGUGCUGCAGUUUGUUACCUUUGUAGAAUAUUUAAUGAAAUCAUUCAAAUAAACCAAACCUGCUUUUGUUGAA